AUGACAGACACUGACGCCCCCAAGACAAACAAGGCCUUCGUGCCACUCGAAAACAACCCCGAAGUAAUGUCCCACCUAGUCCACCAACUCGGACUCUCCCCAUCCCUAGGCUUCACAGACGUCUACUCCAUCGAUGAACCAGACCUCAUCAGCAUUGUCCCCCGCCCCUCCCACGCCCUUCUCCUCGUCUUCCCCAUCUCGCCCACCUACGAGGCCACCCGGAAAUCAGAAGACAGCAACCGAUCCGAGUACACCGGCCACGGCCCCAAUGAACCGAUAACAUGGUUCAAGCAAACUAUUCGUAACGCCUGCGGCCUGAUCGGUCUUCUGCACGCUGUUUCGAAUGGUGUUCCUAGGAAAAAUAUCCUUCCCGGAUCGGAUCUCGAAACGCUCCUUCGUGAGGCGGAGCCGUUACCGCCUGUUGAACGCGCGGAUCUACUGUACGAGAGUAAGGCGUUGGAGAGUGCACAUGCCGAUGCGGCUAGGUUGGGGGAUACCACGGCGCCGCAGGCGGACGAUAGUGUGGAUUUGCAUUUUGUGGCGUUCGUCAAGGGUGAGGAUGGGAGGUUGUGGGAGUUGGAUGGGAGGAGGAAGGGACCCCUGGAAAGAGGGCGAUUGGGUGAAGAUGAGGAUAUGUUGAGUGAGAAGGCGUUGGAUUGGGGUGUUAGGAGGUUUUUGAAGGUUGAGAAUGAGAUUGCUGCGGGUCAAUCAGGGGGUGAUUUGAGGUUUAGUCUUAUCAGUUUGGGUCCAGUUUUUGAUUGA